AUGGCGCAGGGUGAAAAGGGUGAUUUUGCAUAUUUUAUGCAAGUGCACCCUGCAGCCCCCUAUCCAGCCAGUCACUAUCACUCCCUCCCUAUUGGAUCACAAACAACACCUACAGACAGGAAACUCAACCAAAGCAAAAAGAAGAGCGGACAAGCGGCCGAGUAUUUUUUGGCAUCACCACCAUUGUCGUCUCAGUGGCCCCAUCGACAAUCUCGUUGCCAGUCAUCCAGCCCACCACCUCAGAUCCUGACAAACAAGCCGCCUAUGAUCGACACGGAGAAGACCCAGACUCAAGAUCAGCAGGACAGUGUCCAUCUGCCUUCCACCUCCACCGCCGAGAUCUAUCAAUCCCACAUUGCCUCGAUGAUCCAGGAUGCUGUUGCAGGUUACAACUCGACCCUGGUGGAGAUAUAG